AUGGCAGUAGAUAAUUCACAAUUGGUCUACAUCAAGAAGUGCACUACAGGCAGUGACGCCUGGAAAAUUUUGAAGUUAAAUCAACGUAGUAAGACGGAAGCUGAACGACGACAACAACCAACUCCAGUUGUUCACGAAUUUUUUGAUGCUGAAAAUAAUACUGACAACAGUUCAGGAGGAGAAGAUAACAGUUCAGGAGGAGAAGAUUUUGAAGAAGAAAAUACGGAUAAUGAUCCGGAAAUUGAACCAAGAAGAUCAACUAGACGAAACUUUGUUGUUUUUAAUCGCAACAAAGCUCAAUCAACUGAACAUUCUACAGGUUAUGGGCCCAGAACCCCAAAGCGCAACGAAAAAACUAGUCAAAUUCAAUGUUUUCUCAUCGAUCAAAGUCAAUUAACUGAUCAAGAAAACACUGGAAAUACUUCUGUGAUAUCAAUUAUACAAACAGCAACUAUGAACAAUCGUAGAAGUGUAAAAAAACGAUUGGAAACCAGUGAACCACCAAGAAAAAUCGAGAAGCUAAACAACGAAAAUUAUUCGUCUUGGUUUUGUCAAAUGAAGUUGAUACUCAUGCGUGAGGAAGUUUGGUAUUUGAUGGAAGAUUUAAAAAACGAAGAUACAUCAAAUGCACCAGCAGAAGCAGCAGAACAAAUGGUGAAGAAAAGCAAUGAUGAGACAAAAGCUUUACAUGCCAUCGCAAUGGCAGUAGAUAAUUCACAAUUGGUCUACAUCAAGAAGUGCACUACAGGCAGUGACGCCUGGAAAAUUUUGAAGUUAAAUCAACGUAGUAAGACGGAAGCUGAACGACGACAACAACCAACUCCAGUUGUUCGUUCGGAAAUUCAAAGUCAACGAACUGUAUGA